ACAGUAAACACCAAGAAGAAGAACUGCAGCGACUUAACAACACGGACGUUGCUAGAAACUUAAGCUACUUGGCAUAAAGCGCUAAAGGGUCCUGUUUGUAAUAAUAACGGUAACAACUUUAUUUCAACUGGGCAGUUAUGGCUGACAACCGAUGAACAAUUUUAGGUUUUUUAUACGAUGAAUAACGACUAAUUUAGUUAAAUAAUGUUUAGCAGGUCGUAUAAGCUGCUCCCUCAGAGGGACUCCACUACUGCUAGGACUCCUGGCUUGUUUGUAGACAGUGACAGCUUUACACGGCCCAACUACCACAAAGGACUCUCAUUUGACUACAUCCCUAAUGUUUCUGAAAACGACUUCACUGAUACCUCCCAAGGAUGGCUGUCGUUGAUCUGCAACCUGAUUGUCAUCUUCCUAGUCUACAUCUGCACCUUUGUAACCUUUCCUAUAACAGGGUGGUUUGUACUGAAAACAGUGCCUAACUACCAGAGGAUUGUAGUUUUUCGUUUGGGUCGAGUUUGCCCUCCAAAGGGCCCUGGUAUUGUCCUUGUGCUGCCCCUCAUUGACCAGUGGCAGAAAGUAGACCUACGCACACGUGCUUUCAACAUCCCCCCUUGCCAGGUGAAUACCCGGGAUGGUGGUGUGUUGUCAGUGGGAGCGGACAUUCAGUUUAGGAUUUGGAAUCCUGUCAUGUCAGUGGUGGCAGUCCAGGACUUGAAUGCCUCAACCAGAAUGACAGCACAGAAUGCUUUGACCCACAGCCUGGUCAAGAAGACUGUCAGGGAGAUCCAACUUGAGAGAGUUAAACUGGGGGAAUAUCUUGGGAUGGACAUAAAUGAGACGACUCGGCCCUGGGGUUUGGAGGUGGACAGGGUAGAGCUUACUUUGGGCUCUCUAAUAAAAGCACCUGAAGAAGGCCCUUCUGGGCCCCUCAUAAUGCCUCCCUCUGUGCCUGGAUUGGAAGGCCUUACUGGCCCCAUUCAGCAGUUGGCCAUGCACUUUUUGAGUCAUAGUGGGCAUUCACAGCCUCCACAAGAGGAUAGUGUAAUGUUUACAGAUGAGCUCAGCAGUGCCCCUCAGACUGAUGUGACCAGAUCAGGUUCUGUUGAAGAGCUGCUGGACAGGGUCAAGUUCCUACUUUCUGAAAAUCUGGUCCACCAGGUUGGGGCCUGUUUCCAGUUUAACAUCAGCAUGGGAGAUGGACAGCAUCACAGUUACUAUGUAGAUUUAAGCCAAGGCAGCGGUGCAGCCGGAGCAGGGUCCUUGUGCCAAGAGCCAGAUGUGACACUGAGUACAAGUGAUGGUGACCUUCUGGCAAUGUUCCAGGGCAGGCUAAAGCCAUAUACUGCUUACACCAGUGGCAGACUUAAAAUCCAGGGAGACAUUAAGACUGCCAUGAAGCUGGAGGAGCUUAUAAACUUACUUAAAAAGUAGUGCUUCUAGUAAGAUUUCUGUAGGUAUGUUUUAAAUCCAUAAUUUUAACUGUAAAGUAUGUUUUUGUGUAUGCAUUUGUCAAAUAGACUGCGGGUACGCAAGGUCUGUCUACAGGAACAGUUACUCUGAAUUUUACAGUAUCAACCUACUACAAAAUUUAUGAAUAAUCAUUCCACAUUAGCACCUUUCAAUUUCUAAUCCUGUUUCCGUUUUAUGAGCCAGUCAAAUGGUUGUGCAAGUGGUUGGGAAUCCUGCGGAGCCAGCCAGAUCCCCUCCACCUGCAGUGCCCGCUGUCAUCAUCCCCCCAGGUAAUAUACAUACAGCCAGGGGGGUGGGAUAGAAUACCUCAGAGGACAAGAAGGUUUCCUGGAGGGAGUGGAGGAAGAGUAAACUGUUUUCACUAUUUGAAAUUGGGACAUAUAAGACACAAAUGUCCCGAGUGGUCUCAUGGCAGAUUUACCCAGGGUCAACAGGGGAACCCUAGGUCAAGGGUACCUAUAAACCAGGGGCAUGGUCCCCCUCCUAAGUAUUAGUCACUGGAACAACAAGGACAGUGUGAAUCGUUCUGACUUUUUCAACCUCCAUUAAUGUGCAUCUCCAGAGGAAAAAAAAAACUGUUGAAGUGCUGAUAUCUGGAAUGUGACUUUUGGCUGUUGACACUGCAUAUAGCCUAAUGACUGCUAUAAUUGGCUUGGAGAUGUUGAUGAAACCUAUAAAUUUAGCUAAAAUAUGAAUGACCUUUAUUAAUGUUGAUUUGUCAGAGGCAUCACUUCCUGUGUGUCCAUCUCACUGCACUCUUCAAUAUUUUAAGACUGAGUCAAGUACAGGCAGAUAGUAUUUUCUCUCAUUGUCCCAGGGAAACAGGUGGCUGUAGUGGUAGUAGAGAUAAAAAGGGGAAAAGCAGCGUUCCAUAUGUUACAGUGGUAAAUAUAGACUAUGAGCCAGAACAUUUAGGUUCAAUGAUUUUAGAGUCAGAAUUUAUGCAGUAAUAUUUCAAUCUUGCUAGUGAAGAAAGCUGACAAAGUAAGUGUUGACUGGUACAUGAUCUAUACAGUGUAUUAAAGCUCAUAGAUCUUUAAAUGAUGUCAUAGAGGAUUUUCAAGCUGAAGUUCUAAAUUCACACACACUGCUGGUAAAUGUUCCACCUGAGAUCAAGUGGUUUAAUAUGACUGAUCUGUGUUCUGCAUUUUUCAGAGUGCUGCUGUUCUCAUGUGUUUAAUAAAGUUCUGAAGGAUUACAUGAAGAAAUUGGCAGAUAAGAUCUCAAGUGCUGUAUGUUGAGGACAUUAUUUGUGUGCACUGGACUAUGAGACGUGCCAUAAAGACUUCAUGACCCUGUUAGCUGAAUGAGGACAAAUUGAACUAAUUGCAAUACUGUAAGGAUGAGGAGAAUUAUGUAGGCAGAUUGAUCAGGGAGGGGACAUGAGCGGUGUCCCCCCUCACAGUUCAGGGCAGUAGCUGGGGCUCCUGGACUGCCCAUGGUAAGAGAAAUGAAAUGUUAAAUUGAUCGUUGUUACAGCGUGUACCGGCUUUGGCUCUCCCAGACUAUAAGCAACUAUUUUUGCUGUAUUUGUGUUGACAGAACUAUGCUUGAGGCCCAAGAGACAGGUGUGGGCUCACGUGUGCAGUCUGGAGAGUAUUAUUUUACAAUGUUAACACCAGGUUUGACAUCCUAAUACAUGACAUGAGCUUUUAUGUUAAACAAAUGACCAAUAUGCACAGGAGUAUUUUCUCUUGUGUGGCCUGUGUUGUCUUUUUGCAGGCUGGAGAGUCCAAAGUGAGAGCAUAACUUACAUUACAUGAUAUGUAAUAGAGUACAGUAA